AUGUCUUCACUUUCACAAUCACCUCGAGUUAAUACAAAUGGUGUUGACCGCCAUUCACCGCCUCUCCCCCAUUCUCCUUCCCUUCCAUCCCCUCCAAAAAAUUAUUCCACGUACCCACAAACAACGAAGCUAACUCCAUCGCGUGACUUGGAUCUGGAAGUAGAUAAACCGAGAGACAAAGGAUUCCUUCGCUUUCUCUAUGUGAUAGCUCCUUCUAUAGCACAGGGAGCUGUGACCGGAAGUAAAUUGGCUUUUUCUAGCGUUAAUCUCACUCAAUUAUCGGAAGAUGACUUCAUGAUGAGUGUAUCGGGAGAAGUAACCAACACUGGUCCUCUUCAAGCUACGAUUGAGGUCCCUGAUGGCGUAACGGUCACAUGGGAGUCGCUUGUCAUUGGACAAUUACCUUUGGAUACUAUAAUCGCUCAGCCUUUUGUUGGCGCAAAAAUUGCGUCAUCACAAAAAUUCAAGGUCUUAAAUAAGACCGCAUUUGCUGAAUUUAAUAAAUUUAUGUUGAGAGAGCGUGAAUUUACGUGGCAUUUGGAAGGAAUCGCUUCGGUAAAAGCUUCUGGACUCAGUCUUCAAGGAAUUAGGUUAUCAAAAGACGUUACAAUGGGAGGCAUGCAAAAUUUCCCUUUAGUAACGAUAGAUAGUUUCGACGCGCCAGCGGAACAUCCUGACGGUGGAAUUGAAAUUGAAAUUGUUUCAACAAUGGGAAAUCCUUCACCGAUAGGAGUUCAAUUAGGAGAUUUGGUUUUCGAUGUUGAAUACCUUGGUCACAUUGUAGGCGAAGUUGGAGCAAAGGGAAUAACGUUAGCAUCCGGUAAAAAUAAACUUGUUCUUAAAGGUCGAUUGAUUCCUCAGAAAGACGCUGAAAAAUUAGCAGCAGUUGGGGAUUUAUUUUCUAAAUUUAUUACGGGGAAAAAUGCUACAACUGGUGUGAUAGCCAAAUCGGUUAGACCGAGUAAUGGAAGUGAACCGAUAAGUUGGCUUCAAUCCGCUUUUGAAGGAACUAAAUUGUCGGUUGUGUUAGAAGGAGGAAAAAACUUGAAUAUUAUCAGUAGCGUCGAUAUUAAUGCAUUGGAUUUACAAUUCAACGCCGAAAAUCAAUAUACCCCUUUGGCAAGUUCUUCUUCGCUUACGGCAGGGUUUAGCAUUCCAUUUGGAUUUCCAUUGGAAAUGAAACAAAUUUCUCAAGAGAUCACAAUGUUUGAUGGUGAUAAGGAGUUAGCCAGUUUGGGAUCACCUUUCACGGCUGCAAAGGGAGAUUCAAAGUCAGGAAAGAUCGAAACAAGUUUUGAUCCUAUCCCUUUCAAAGUUUCUAGUGGUUCUGAAGAAACAUUUGAUGAAUUCAGCAAAAGUUUAACUUUAGAAUCAAGCGUUACCGUUAAAAUGAAAGGUGUUGCGAAUUCAAUUGCGAAAACUCCCGUCGGUGAUGUGGAGAUUAAGGGAAUCGAAUUUGAAGUGCAAUCCACAUUGGCCGGAAUUCAAGGAUUAAAAACGAAACCUGCCGUCGUUAAUUCCCUUGUUGUUAAGGGUGGAACUGCAGAAAAUAUGUUGAUCGAAUUAUCUGUUUCAUUAUUUAAUCCAUCAAAUGUCAAGAUUGAUAUGGGAGGUGAUGUUAUAUUUGACUUAUUAUUUCAAGAGCAACUCAUUGGUAAAGUAGUGAUGGAAAAGUUUGUGUUGGAACGUGGUGAAAAUAAUGCAAAGGUUAUUGCCCAAUUCGGUCCACAAGGUGAAGAAGCCACUAAGGCUGGUCGUGAAUUACUUAACAAUUUCAUGGUUGGAAAACCAAAUACGGUUGCGAUUAAAGGGUCCACUCAAUCAACCACCAUUGCUCCAUUACAAAAAGCAUUGGCAGCUUUGGAAUUAACAACUUCGAUGCCUGGAUUGAAAACUGAAAAGCCUAUAAUAGAAGAAGCGAGAUUUGCCAUCGGAUUUAACACAGUAUUCGAUUCAAAAGGAACUGCUUCAAUUGAUGCGUUUAAUCCAUUAGAUGCCACUAUUAAAUUUUUGAAAAUUCAAUCAAGCAUAAGCGUAAAAGGUGAAUUAAUCGGUGUCAUUGAUCAAGACUUAAGCGCGGAUCCUGUGGUCAUCCCGUCCAAACAAACCGUUACGACAAAAGAUUUUGAUCUAAAUUUAAAGAUUAGUGGAGCGGCUAUUAAGAGCCUGUUUGAUUCUUUGGCGGGAAAGUUAAAAACUGAUAUUACCUCUACGAUCUUGGUCGCUAUUGGUGAUUUUGUUACUGAAAUUGAUUAUAAUCAAAAUGGGGUACAAACUGGUUUAGGAAAGGGUGCUGCUGAAUAA